AUGGACCCGCCCAGCCUGGGCGCGCUCGACCUCUCCGACUCGGACAACGACGCCGACGCCUUGUUCGACACCCCCGCAGCGCGCAAGGCGAGCAAGACAAAAGACGGCGGCGGCGAUGCACAGGGGGCAGCCGGCGGAAAGCCGCGCGCAAAGGAAUCCCACUAUACGGCCGAAGAGGCGCGCGAGUCAGCGCUGCGGCGGGAGCUAGAGAGCAUACGAAACGUGAACAAGGUCAUUGAGGGCGUCAUUGAAAGCUUGCAAAAGGCCAAAGACAACAUGGGCACGGUGUCUCGCACUGUGCAAAACGCAUCCACGCUGCUGCAGACAUGGACGCGCAUCCUGUCCCAGACCGAGCACAACCAGCGCCUCAUUCUCAACCCCCAAUGGCAGGGUGCGUCGCAGGACUUGAUCGACAUUGAAGAGGAGGAAGUGCAUCGCCAGCAGGCUGCACAGCGCCGCGCAGCCGAAGAGCAGGCUCGGAGAGAAGCUGCGGCGCGCAAGCUUGAAGAGGACCGCCAAAGAGCAGAAGCCACAACCAAAACGGGCACGCGAGGCAGAGGCAGAGGCGUCCGGCCACGGGGUGCUUCGACAUCGUCUACAGGCAACUAUGUCGGCGUGGGUGGACAGACAGGACGGGGCGUUAGCCGCAGCGACUCAACCAGGGGCCGAGCGGGCAGUGGCAUAGGGCGAGGCCUGCGUGGCCGGGGACGGGGCUUGGGCUGAGCAGUCAUUCCAUCAAAUAAAGCAAUUGUACGGAUACCCCAUUCGACUCGCGCACUCUCAGGCCUGUUGCAUCAAGUCCUGGAAUACCAGCAUCUCGAUUCGAACCAGCCAGCACACGCCAAUUGCAACCCAGCAAACAACGUCACAUUCUAGCCAUUCGAAACCUUCGGCAAAACAGAAUCAGAGCAUCAGCCAGCCGUCCUCGCGGUGGGCUAAGCGUGUCCACCAA